UGGGUCUUGGUGGGAGGGCACCUCCUCUGCCAUUCAGCCUGGGAUCUGCUGCUGCCACUCUGCCUCCCAACUCCCUGGGCCCUGUUGGCCUCAGCCCCUCCAGUCAGCCAGGCCUCGGCUCCUGCAGACGCCCAGCUGUCCUCAAGAACCACCCUCCUACCGCCUCACCCCUGCCACGCCUGGGACCAUUGAUCAGGAAUGGCUGGGGGGCUCUUAGCUGGGGAAGGGAUGGACCUGAAAAGGGAGGACAAGGAGGGAGGGGGACGUGGCCACGUCAGAACCUUCCCGCCUGCCCUCCUCCCACACAGCCUGACAGCACAGCCUGAGUGGGUUGGAGAAGGGCCUCUGCGUGCCCCAGAGCCCGAAUCUCACCUUCGGAGACCAGGUCUCCAGCUCCAGUGGGAAGACCACAACCUCGGGACGUGGGCGAAGGGGAUCAGGGAGGCAAGGACAGUCCUGCUGAGAGACCACCGCCUGCGUGAGCACCAGAGGGCUGAGCUGAGGUGCUGGGUGGUGACCACCCCUCCUGGCAGGCAGGGUCCCCUUGGGUGGCAGCCACAGCCCAGCCGCAGCCAAGCAGUGUUUCUCCAGGAGCCGGACAGCUGUUCUGUCUCCAUGGCAGCCUUCCUGUCUGCUGGCCUUGGCAUACUUGCAUCUUCAGAGACUUACCCCCUACCCACAACCAGCUCUGGUUGGGAGCCUCGGCUGGGGUCCCCAUUCCCAUCAGUCCCUUGCACCAGCUCUACUGGGGCCCAAGCUAGGGCAGAGCCCACUGGGCAAGGCCCCAAGAACCCGCGUGUGUCCAGUGUGAUGGUUCAGCUGGAGAUGAAGCCUCUGUGGGAGGAAUUCAACCAGCUGGGCACAGAGAUGAUUGUCACCAAGGCAGGCAGGAGGAUGUUCCCGCCCUUCCAGGUGAAGAUCCUGGGCAUGGACUCCCUGGCUGACUACGCCUUGGUCAUGGACUUCAUCCCCCUGGACGACAAGAGAUACAGGUACGCCUUCCAUAGCUCGGCCUGGCUGGUGGCGGGCAAGGCAGACCCGGCCACACCUGGCCGCGUGCACUUCCAUCCUGACUCGCCAGCCAAAGGUGCCCAGUGGAUGCGCCAGAUUGUGUCCUUCGACAAACUCAAGCUGACCAACAACCUGCUGGAUGACAACGGCCACAUCAUUCUCAACUCCAUGCACCGCUACCAGCCCCGUUUCCACGUGGUCUUCGUGGACCCACGCAAGGACAGUGAGCGCUAUGCCCAGGAGAACUUCAAGUCCUUCAUCUUCACGGAGACCCAGUUCACAGCUGUGACGGCGUACCAGAACCACAGGAUCACCCAGCUGAAAAUCGCCAGCAAUCCUUUUGCCAAGGGCUUUAGAGAGAGUGACCUGGACUCCUGGCCUGUGGCCCCACGGCCCCUGCUCAGUGUCCCAGCUUGGAGUCACAGCAGCCUCAGUCCCUGUUUGCUGAAGGGUGCCACAGAGAGGGAGAAAGACCCCAAGGAAGCUUCAGCUACCACCUCCAAGACCCCUGUUCAGCUCCACCAACAGCUGCUGCCCCCACCUGAGGCCCUGCUGGCCCCAGCCACCUACAGGCCCAUCACCUAUCAGAGCCUGUACUCUGGAGCCCCAAGCCACCUGAGGAUUCCAAGGACCCGACCGGCACCAUACCGCCUCCCCAACAUCCGGGCCGAUAGGGAUCAAGGAGGCCUGCCUCUGCCAACUGGGCUGGGGCUCCUGUCCCCCACUGCAGUGUGCCUAGGGCCUGGCCAGGACUCCCAGUGAUGGCAGAGGCCCUGUGGGGAAGCCUUGCUACCCUGGACCUCACACCUAGUGUGGGAAUCAGCCAGAGGCCUUACCUCCUCCAGCCCCACCACUGUCUCAAGGAGAGCAGUGCAGGUGAAAAUCUAGAGAAGAAGGCUACCUGCCCAGGGUCACAGCAAGGCUGGGCCUUCUACCUCCCAACCCCAGCAGCCUGAAUCCUGUGCCCUCUUGCUUUGGGGGUAACCCUUGAGAACCCUGCUUUACCUCUCCCUUCCCCCCAACAUUAAACUAUCCGGCAUGAG